AUCAGAAGGAGCUAGCCCAGUGGGAAGAAGCCAAAGCAAAGAAAGACAGAAGCCUCCUGACCAAACAGAAGGAGGAGGUGACAGAACUUUCUUCAGGGCCAGUCUGAAACUCGAAUGAACUCACCCAGAAAAUGAAGGGCCAUCAUAAACUUCACCACCUUCCGGUCCAAGUGCAAGAGUAGUAAUUCAGAAUUAAAUCCAGAUACAUUUACUGCUUUCAAGAUAAGCUCUGUGGAACAGCUAACAGAGGACACCUACCAGUAUAAAUUUGAGCUGCCAGGAAAUAGCAGCCUGGGAUUGAGUUUAGGACAACAUAUUGUGUUAAGAGGGAUGGUGAAUGGUUUGGAGGUUCAGAGAGCUUAUACUCCAGUUAGCCCUGUAAACGCUGAAGGAUACUUUGAAGUUUUAAUAAAAUGCUACAAGGCUGGGCUAAUGUCACAAUAUAUAAAAUCCUGGAUUGAAGGAGACACAGUCUUUUGGCGAGGGCCAUUUGGAGGCUUCCCAUAUAGCCCUAAUCAGUAUGGAGAACUUCUUAUGCUUGCCUCUGGAACUGGCAUAGCACCAAUGCUCCCCAUUCUCCAGUACAUAACAGAAAAUGAAGAUGAUGAAACCUUUAUAACCCUGGUUGGUUGCUUCCGGACUUUUGAAAAUAUUUACUUGAAACCUCUUCUCCAAGAUCAGUCUCGAUACUGGAACGUCAGAACAUGUUACGUCCUUAGCCAGGAAUCUUCCCUGGAAAAACUUCCUUGGAGCUAUCAAGAAAACACACACACUGGCCAUAUAACUGAGAAUUUGAUUAAGAAAAUGAUAAAUUCCUGUAGAAGAAAGCCAUUUGUGCUGAUUUGUGGCUCGGUAGCAUUUAAUGAAGAUAUGACUAGAUGUCUGAAAGCCAUAGGACUCAAAGAGGAUUCCUAUUUUGUAUUUUAGCAGUGUGUUCCAGACCGGCUUCCUCUGAAAAGAAAUGCAGACCAAGCAUGCACCUGUUUCCUAUGCAAACAUCAAUUUGAACUUGUCCUUUGACCUGUUUGGGUUUCUCGUGCAUAUAUUUUCAUAUGCUUUUGUAUAAAAUAUUUUAUACAGUGUCUUUAAUAUAAUUCUUAAUAUAUUGUUUUAAAAAUCCCUCUAGGCUAGCUGACAAUAACGUAGCACAGCUAGGAAAGAGGAGAAUGAAGGUGGAAGCAGUAACUCAAAAUUUCAUGAAAGAGACAUUUAGCAUUACUUUUAUCUCAUUUUUUUGUGUCAUCACUUUCAUUUUGUAAUUAAAAAGGAGAAGGUAAGUAACUGCUCUGAUCUGUGCAUCAUUGUCACGGUACUAACACCCGGAAAGUCAUUUGGGUCUACCAUGUCACUGCACUAUUGGGAACUCUUAAUCCAGAGGUUAUUGCCAUAAGGGACUUUAAAUGUAUGUCUACACUGCACAAAAGACCAGGCUUUGACGCAGGUUUGAACCUGAGCCCUGUAGACGUGCCCUUCGUUGCUUGCGGCACAAAUUCGUGAGAGACCACUCUUUCAAACACCAGUGCCCUUUUAUUUCCUUGUAUUUUCCCACCACCACGUAUAUACAGCUUUAUACAGUUUGCUGUCAGGCAGGUAGCCCCUUGGGGAACAGCUUGUUCUUACAGCUAGCUGGGAGCAACAGGUCCUCACUUUCCUGUUCCUCCCCUUCUACUUCCUUCCUGCUAUCUUUAUAGGCCUUCCCCCAUCAAGCUCACAGGUGUCUCUCCUUCAGGGCUUUAAUCAGCCACAGCCUGUCAGCUCCAAUCUCUUCCCCUUACUGGGAGCUGAGCUAGCAGGCUCUGAGCUAACAGGGGCUGAGUCAGUGCCUUUUGGCCAGCACCCUGUUACAAGCCCCCAUUCCAAAUCAGUCUGAUUUAGGUCAGCAAGCACUCAGGGCGCAGAUCCUAGGGCCUUAAUAGGGCAGUGGGUCAGAGCCCAACUCCUGCUGUGACUCCAGUCCAAGCCCUCUCCUUUUGCAACGUGAACACAGGUCAAACCACAGAUCCAAGUCAGAAGGUCUGCAUAACGUAAUAGCAUUGAUGCGUUAACAUGGCUGUGAGACCUGGAUCCAGCACUUGUAAAGCUGGGUUUACAUAGCAGUGUGGAUGCUCAAACACAAGCUUGGAAACACCGAGUCCAUGAGCUCGGGUCCCGCAGACCCGGGUUUACAAUGCAGUUAGACAUACCCUAAUACUUCUGGUCACUGGGCAUUUAUGAAGCCUUGCCCCAUGAUGUGUUGAUGCACUGGUAUGGGUUUGCACGGUGUACCCAAAAAAUGUAAAAUCCUUUAUCAUUUGUGUACAACAUUUCACGUGGAGAAUAAAAAUGUAUCCUAAAAAUCUAUUGAGAAAGUGUGUGCAUGAUGUUCUAGCUGUUGUUAAACCUCAGUUUCUCAGGGAUGAUGGUUAUUUGCUUUACCUGCUUCCAAACAUUUUAUAGUCUCUAUUGUUUAUGAAACUGAAGCUAUUUUCAAGUUAGAAAAGCUGUUGCAUGGUGACUGCCUGACUUUUCCAUAGGCAGAGGGCUGCCAGAACUGACUUUCUGAACUUCCCAGGAACACUGCCUCAUAUCUGGAAUAAUGUUUGGAUUUUCCACGGGGCUGUUCUGGAAUGCUCUAGCAUUGUGGGGGGAGGAAGGGGCAGUACAUAGAGGUCUGCUAGGGCUGCAUUUUACUAGCUGUUCCAGAGGUUACAAACAGGGCCGGCUCCAGCUUUUUUGCCGCCCCAAGCGGUGAAGAAAAAAAAAAAAAAAAGCCGCGAUUGGCGGCACUUCGGCAGCAGCUCUACUGCGCCGCUUCAUUCUUCGGCGGCAAUUUGGCAGUUGGUCCUUCCCUCCAAGAGGGACCGGGGGACCCGCCGCCGAAGACCCGGAUGUGCCGCCCCUUUCCAUUGGCCGCCCCAAGCACCUGCUUCCUGCGCUGGUGCCUGGAGCUGGCCCUGGUUACAAAGCCACAAAGCAGCGAUGUUACCCCAGAGGAGAUGAAGGAAUGAAGAAAACACAAUCUAUUCAAUAAAAUUCCUCACUACCACCCCUCCCCCUAAAAGAUACAAAAUAAAGUAGAAAACAACAAAAGCUCCAAUUCAAGCAAGGUACUUAAACACUUGCUGACCAUUAAGAACGCAAAAUCAAUGGGAUUAUUCACAUGCUGAAAGUUAGGCACAGGCUUAAGUGCCUUGCUGAAUCAAGGGCAGGAGAGAGUGGAGCUGCUGAAUUUGUUCUGCCUCUGGCAGAACAUCUGGCAGGUGCAGGCUAGGAGUUGUCCCUGGGAUUCUUUAGCAACAAGUCCAAACUGCCUCUGAGUUCCAUGCAGACCCAGGCUCAGCCAGAUGUAACAGACUGGAGGAGAUGGUUGAUCUCAGAAAUAAAAGUAUUGGGUAUCAUAAUUUCCAUUUUAAAACAUUAUUAAUGGAAAACAAUAGUUGUUAGUAAAAGUACAUCCAGUGAUAGAAUGAUACGUACUUCGCUUUGUAAAGCACUUUGAGACAGACUGGUGAAAAGCACUAUGUAAGAGCCAGGUAUUGUUAUGGGUAUGACAAGGCAUCUUGCGCACAUAAGUGUACACGUGAUAUAUGGCGCACAUAGUCUCUCUCCACAUCUUUAAAUUCAUCUGUUAAUUAGCAUUUUUAUUCUGUUUUAGAGUUUCUGUGUAUGCUCUAGCUAUGGCACAGUUCCAAGUUUGUCAUCAAACACCCGUGUCUCAGCGUCUCGCUUUACUUGUAGCUAGUAACAUACCUAAGCUCUUCCUAUGCGAAGGAGAUGUAUUUGGAUUGUUACUCGAAAUAAACAGCAU